CCCUGUCAAGCCUGUAGGGCUACAUCUUACAUGUCAGUUAGAAGGCACACAGCCGGUGUAUGUUUGUAUGGGGUUUUAAGGAAGUGAGGGACAUGGUUUUCAGGAGGUUUUUAGUGACAGUGAGGAUCAGUCCUCUGCAUUGCAGCACUGUGGUUGAGGAGAGCGGGGAGAAGAGAGCCUGUGUGGCACACUGAGCUGAGCACCCAAUCAGGCACCUCCGUGUGGUACACGAGCCAAUCGGCAGCUUGCAGCCGAGGUUAAAGAUUGACAAUUGCAGGAGAGAGCAGCAGGGAGAGAAGGCCUUCUGGGAAACCUGGACCCAUCUUAUCCCUCAUCCCCCCGUCCUCAAUAAUUGAUAAAGAUUAAAGAAUAGGCUGAAGAAUCUGUAUGUGAGUAAGGAAAAAGUGUGGCAGAGGAAGAAGUAAGAACCGAAAAACAAGCUGUAACAGAAGAAAUGGAGAUUUCAACACGGUCCAAAGUGUCAGACACGGGAUCAACAGAGCGGAUGGCCCAAAAACGAAAGAUGCCCAGUCCUUCACAUUCAUCCAAUGGUCACUCUUCUGCUGAAACGUCACCAUGUCCAAUGAAAAAGAAGAAAAAACCAGGUGCUGUUAGCAGCAGCAAAGACCAGUCAGAACUAAGACAUGGUCCCUUUUACUAUGUGAAGCAGCCAGCACUCACCACAGACCCUGUUGAUGUUGUACCGCAGGACGGCAGGAAUGACUUCUACUGCUGGCUGUGCCACCGCGAGGGCCAGGUGCUCUGCUGUGAGCUCUGCCCCAGGGUGUACCACGCUAAGUGUCUCAAACUACCAGCCGAGCCCGAGGGCGACUGGUUCUGUCCGGAGUGUGAGAAAAUAACAGUUGCCGAGUGUAUAGAGACUCAGAGCAAAGCCAUGAUGAUGCUAACUAUAGACCAGCUGUCUUACCUACUAAAGUUUGCCCUGCAGAAGAUGAAACAGCCAGGUGAUCAUCCCCGCUUGUCAUCUCGCUCCCCCCAUGCAGCUUCCACGCAGAGAAAGACUUUUAAUUGGACUGAACCCUUCCAGAAGCCUGUGUCUCUUGAACAGCAUCCUGAUUAUGCAGAGUACAUUUUUCAUCCUAUGGAUCUUUGCACACUUGAGAAGAAUAUCAAAAAGAAAAUGUAUGGCUGCACAGAGGCCUUUUUAGCGGAUGCAAAGUGGAUUUUGCACAACUGUAUUAUAUACAAUGGAGGCAAUCACAAACUCACAGCUACAGCUAAAGUGAUAGUAAAAAUCUGUGAACAUGAGAUGAAUGAGAUUGAAGUUUGUCCUGAGUGUUAUCUAUCUGCUUGCCAAAAGAGAGACAACUGGUUCUGUGAGCCUUGUAGUAACCCGCACCCUCUAGUGUGGGCCAAACUGAAAGGAUUUCCAUUCUGGCCUGCAAAAGCUCUGCGGGACAAAGAUGGACAGGUGGACGCUCGCUUCUUUGGUCAGCAUGAUAGGGCUUGGGUUCCUUUAAACAACUGCUACCUCAUGUCCAAAGAGAUCCCAUUUUCUGUGAAGAAGACCAAAAGCAUCUUCAACAGUGCCAUGCAAGAGAUGGAGGUCUACGUGGAGAACAUGAGAAAGAAGUUUGGCGUGUUUAAUUAUGCCCCCUUCAGGACACCCUACACUCCUGACAAUAACUUCCAGAUGCUGCUGGAUCCCUCCAAUCCUUCCUCAACUCCUGUCAAACCUGAGAAACAGGAGAAGAUCAAGUUGAGCUUUGAUAUGACGGCAUCACCCAAGAUCCCACUGACCAGGGCCAUACUGCCUGGGGCUGGGGUAGGGGGGAGUACAACAGGGCGGCGACUCCCUCUCAGUGACAUGCCUCGCUCCCCCAUGAGCACCAACUCCUCUGCCCAUACAGGUUCAGAUGGAGAACAGGAAACCGGAGACAAGUCACAGACAAAAGCAGCAAACAGCCAAUACAGUACAGGAGAAGAGUCCAUGGACUGCACAGCCUCACCUGCCCAUUCUCGACCUGGCCCUGCAGGAAGUUCCUUGGACAGCCCUAAACCAUUCCACUCUCAAGCUCCUGGCAUCCCUAAACAAGAGAAGACACCACAAACAGGAAGCAUUCUGAACCUUAAUCUAGAUCGGAGUAAAGCAGACAUGGACUUAAAGGAGCUAAGUGAAACGGUUCAGCAGAAACAAGGAGCCCCACCAGUCCUCACCUCCCCAAAAAGACAAAUCAAAAGCCGUUUCCAGCUGAACCUCGACAAAACCAUUGAGAGUUGCAAGGCACAAUUAGGUAUUGACGAGAUCUCUGUGGAUGCGUAUAAAGGUGUGGAACACAGUGACUCAGAAGAUUCUGAUAAAUCUGAAUCCAGUGACAGUGAGUACGCCAGUGAUGAGGAGCAAAAGACCAAGGAUGGCCAAGACACAGCACCCACUGAGGAGCCCCAGAAGGAGCCUUCCAAACCUAAGGUCAAAGACCAACCUUCCCCAAGCUUAGAAGGGGAGAGUAAAGCUGAUGUGCUUGUAGCAUCAGAAUCUGCAGCAGGUGAUACAAGUGUAACAGUGUCUGAUGCUCCAACUAAAGAGAAAAUGAACACUGAUUUGGAAAAAGAGAGCUCAGAAAAGUCUAAAGCAGCUGCAGAAUCACCUGUUCUCAGAGACAAGGUGAAACAAGAGACAAAGCAGACUGUGCCAGUGGAGGACUCUGACUCAGAGAGGGAGCUGGUUAUUGACCUUGGAGAGGAGCAGGGUGGCAAGGACAGGAAGAGGAGCAGAAAAGACAACAGCACUAUCAAAGAGUCGACAGCUGGUAAACCUGAAGGGAAGGCUUCAAACACAUCGACACUCCCAUCUCAGAACAGCACGGCUCCUUCCACACCCUCCAGUGUUUCCACGCAGUCGCCAAUGGCCAUUCCCGUCACCAUGGUCUCCUUCACUGCUCCCUCUCCUGCCACCAUUAGCCUUACAUCCGUGUCCAGUGCCACCGCAACACCCCCUUCUUCCUCUUCAGCCUCCACCACGCCAGCUUUGAAGAAACAGCGCCCUCUGCUGCCCAGAGAGACGGUACCGGUGGUACAGAGAGCUGUGGUGUGGAAUCCCACUGCCAAGUUUCAGACCUCCUCUCAGAAGUGGCACAUGCAGAAGGUGCAGCGUCAACAACAAAACCAGCAACCUGUGGCAAGCACACAGGUGCAGGCAUCAUCUCCCAGGCAAGGCCAGGCCCAGGUGCUAACCCAGACACAAGCAGCUGGAAAUGGCUCGACUGCAGUGUCCUCAUCUUCAUCGCAGCAGUCUUCACAGAGCACACGGUAUCAGACCAGGCAGUCUGUUAAAGCUGUACAGCUAAAAGACAGCCCACUCAGCACUUCCACAUCAGCUGUCACCCUGGUAUCCAGUAGCCCAGCUUCUGUUGCCAUGAUGGCAGCGUCCAGUCUGGGCACAGCAGCUACAUCUUCACCAGUAGCAACAGACCUGUACAUCCCCACUGCCUCAGCAGAUGUCGCUGCAGACAUUGCCAAAUACACAAAUAAAAUAAUGGAUGCAAUCAAAGGUACAAUGACUGAAAUCUACAAUGACCUUUCAAAGAGUACCUCAGGGAAUACAAUAGCAGAGAUAAGACGACUGAGAAUUGAAAUAGAAAAAUUACAGUGGUUGCAUCAACAAGAGUUGUCGGAAAUGAAGCACAAUCUUGAGCUGACCAUGGCAGAGAUGAGGCAAAGUCUGGAGCAGGAGAGAGAGAGGUUGGUGACUGAAGUGAAGAAACAGACGGAGCUGGAGAAGCAGCAGGCAGUAGAUGAGACAAAGAAGAAACAAUGGUGUGCUAACUGCAGAAAAGAGGCCAUUUUCUACUGCUGUUGGAACACCAGCUACUGUGAUUACCCCUGUCAGCAAGCUCACUGGCCAGAACACAUGAAGUCCUGCACUCAGUCAGCCACAGCCCCACAACAAGAACCUGAGGCUGAGCCAACAGCAGACCCCCCAAACAAAAGUUUAGGACAGACUAACAGUGGCCCAAACUCUAUCAGAGACUCGCCAGCGUCUGCACCACCAGACAAAGACUGUGACGUGGAGAAGAGCACUGACAAUGUUGCUGUCACUUUGUCAUAACCAAGCUUACAAUACUUGAAAAUGUAAAUGUAUAGACUGUUUUUUUAUCUACUACAAGGAUAUGUCUACAUUCAAAUUCUGUUCAAGAGCCUGUUCCAGAUUAAUAUUUCAAAAUAUUUUUAUUUAUAUUUUUUGUUUGCCUUUCAGGGCUUACAUACUGCUCCCAGUGCACAGUGGUGUGAAACAAUACUGACAGCAGAUAGAGUAACCACUAGAGAGGGGCAGUUAGAUAAACAGAUUGUUGGUUUAUGCAGACAGCUGUCAGUAUAAAGAUCUUAAGAGCAUGCUUGAGUGUCACAGAGUCACAAAAUAUACACAUAGUGUAAAGGACAACAGUUAAACAGUUUACGAUUGCAAAAAGUGUAGACCAUGUUUAUGGACCACCUCAGUUGUAGAUUAGAGGACUGCUGACAGAAAUGUCUGUAAAUUACUUAUUUUGUAUUCUGUGUUAAUUUAUUUGUUAUUCUAAUGUUGCCUGCUGUAUACUGCAAAGAAAAUAACAAUACACACAUUUUAAACAAGCUGUUUCUAUGCUUAAACUGUGGUUUAUACAGUUGCCAAGCGGUCUGCAGUCUAUUAAAAUAGUUUCAUCUGUAGUUUGAGCAAGUGAAUAGGUUGAGAAAUUAAAAUCUGAAAGUCAGUCUAUAAAAUAGACUGAAAGAAUUGUCACUCGCAAACAGGGCCAUCUUAAGUUUUACGUUUUUGUUGACUAAAGUUGUUGGGAACUUG